GCGCACGCACACACACGCACAUACGCACACAAACACGUAGUAGGCGGAGGCAGCGGGUAUACACACAAACACGUAGUAGGCGGAGGCGAGAAGCCACACACACACACACACACACAAGCAAAAACGCAUUGGAGGGAACCCCAUCAGCUGUGGACAACUUUUGUUUUUCUGUGGUUUCUUCACAUCGCUGCACGCGAAGGCUUGUAAAAUCUAAUUCAACAUUUAACGGAACAUUCUGGGCGUACAAACACGGAGAGAGCGCACGUUUCUAGAAGAAGGCGGCUUUGGAAGCAUGGAAUAUUUCAUGAUGCCGACGGAGAAGAUACCGAACAUUCAGCAAUUCAAGAAGACGGAGAAAGAUGUCAUCGGCGGGCUGUGCAGUCUGGCCAACAUCCCAUUCAGUCCAGAGACGGCACAGGACCAGGAGAGAAGAAUCCGCCGAGAAAUCGCCAACAGCAACGAGCGGCGACGCAUGCAGAGCAUCAACGCUGGCUUCCAGUCCCUCAAAACCCUCCUGCCUCACACAGAUGGGGAGAAACUCAGCAAGGCGGCCAUCUUGCAACAGACAGCAGACUACAUUUUCACCUUGGAGCAGGAAAAGACACAGCUCCUGUCACAGAACAACCAGCUCAAACGCUUCAUUCAGGAGUUCAACGGUUCCUCACCAAAGAGGAGGCGAGCAGAAGAGAAAGAUGAAGGCAUCGGUUCUCCUGACACCCUGGAUGAAGAGAAGGUGGAGGAGCUGAGGAGAGAAAUGCUCGAGUUGCGUCAGCAGCUGGAUCGAGAACGUUCUGCUCGCGUGCAGCUGGAGGAGCAGGUGCGCUCAUUGGACACUCAGCUGCACCCGGAGCGUCUCAAGGUGAUCACCCAGCAGGUGGAGGAAGAGCAGGCACACCUCCAGAGCCAGACGCUGUUAAGGCUGCAGCAGAUUCAAGCUGCAGACCGACAACCUCACAGUCCAAAGGCGUUGGUUUCUCCGACUCCCCUCGCCUCAACGCAUCACCCAACAGUCAUCGUCCCAGCGCCAACACUAACCCAGCCACCCCAUCACCACGUCAACGUAGUAACCAUGAGCUCAUCUGUCCACACCAGCACCGUGUCCACGUCUAGACAAAACCUGGACACCAUCGUGCAGGCCAUCCAUCACAUUGAGCGCACUCAGGAGAGACGAGCGAGUGCAGAGGAGGAGCAGAGACGAGCUGUCAUUGUUAGCCCCGCCCAUGUUGCUAUGGACACCGCCUGCUCAGACACAGACACGGAUACGGAGGGAGAGGACUGUUCAAUGAACUGAUCGUGCUGUGAACUUGGAAACACUUAAAAACACCAUCUCACUGUAAGAUUCCAUCCAGAAGCUUGACUACUUUUUUUUUUUUUAAAGAAAAAAAAGCUCUCCAAACUCUGACUUCCAGUAGUGAAGCUCUUCUUUGUUGGUCAUGUCGUGUAAAUUGUCUAAUUGAAACCCAGGAGUGGUCAGCGUGCAGAGAAGGCCAUAGGCUGCUGUUCAUCGUCCGUCCUCCAUGUUGUUGUUUAUAUAGCGACAGUCGGAUGUCGCUGGCAGGCUGACUUCAUUUGUGCUGCAAAUUCUUAUUUUCAUUUAACAGAACUGAAUGUAACAACACAAUAAGCAGCCGCUUAUGACUUUUUUCUUUUUUUUUUCAUUUGAAAUGCGCGAGCUGCAAGUAUUUCUUUGAUUUAGAUUCCAUCAUAUUUAUGAUUGGUUUGUUUAUAUUUCAGUCGCAAAUUCAAAACACAGUCGAAUUGAAGGCAUGUCAGGCAGACUUGAUUACAGGAUACGUCACAUUCACUUGAAUGAAAAGUCUUCAUGAUCUAUUUAAGCCCUUUAAUAUAAGCUAUUGAAAAAUUGGAAUACAUACUCCGUCGGGGUUACUGAACGUUUCUUAUGAGAUUAACCUAAAAUCGGAUGUUUGUUAGGUUUAACAAGGAGCAGGACACCUUGAGAUGGAUUUUGAGGUCAGUCACCUAAAGUGCACAGCUGCUGACACGAGGCAAGUGUUCACCAGGAUUCUGGUAAUGUCUGGUGGCCUUUUUCAAUAUCAAAACAACUUCAAUGAUUUUUUUUUUCCAUAAGACAUGUAAUCUUUAAAAAGAAAUAAGGAUUUAGUUUGCAUGACGAUUUCAUGAUUUCCACCAAAGACUUCCAGGUGCAACUUCUAAUAUUGAUUUGUUGCUUGUAGUGACUAUGCACUUGAGUGUUUGCUAUUUAUGCAAUUGCAUUUUCAAGUCCAUUCAUACGCGAGGUGGAUAAUUCUAUGCACACCGCUAAUAGGUGUGUUUGUUCCACCUACAGUAUAUACGUGGCGUGCUUAUAUCAAAGAAUGUAAUUGUUCUUAUAAAAAAAAGGUGCUGUUUGCCAACGUGCUGCUCUGCUGACUAGCGGUGAGCUGAUCACUUUUUAACACGGCAAAAGUCAUUUUGUGCAGUUUAGUUGUGCUGGAAUAACAUAUCUUGAUCAGUUACUAAUUAAAUUGAAAUACUGUAUAAUUGCAACAAUAAUCCAACGUGAGCACUGCCCAUCUCUCCGAAAACAAAUCAGAUCAUGUUUUGAUGCUCAUUCUUUUUCGGGAUUUCUUUCUUUACUGGAAAUGCUUGCUUCUAUUUACAAACACAAGUAGAUGCUGUAAACAUUCCAUAUGGAUGGACUUGUCUUUUCAUUUAUUGUUCUGUUGCAGACUGAAUGCAUGUUACUAAUGUGUUGUCUCUUAUGUAAUGCAGGCAUUUUUUUCUUUUUUGACAAACACAUGUUGAGCGUGAAAGUGUUUUGUGUGUGUGUGUGUGUGGACACUGUGCACUACUUGGCAUCAGUGUUCCAUCUGGUUAGACUAGUUUAUUUCCAUGCAACGUUGGGUAAUCGGGGUUGUUCAUAGCGUCAAAAAUGGGUGGAAUUCUGUCAAAUGUGAAGGCAUAGCCUAAAGUUGAAUCAGAAGUUAACUUUUAGGUGGAUGGCUUUAUUUUUAUUUUUUUUUUUCUCCAUUUCAGACAAACACUUCACCAACCAAAAUGUCUGUACUUGUAUCUCAGCACUGAUGUCCUUCAGUGACUAUUUGGUUGAAAGCACUUCCUUUCCUCUACUGCCUGAAACCGAGGAAGUUCCAUUAUUUUUUUUAAGUACGCUCUUCUUUGACACAAUUUAACAUGGUUUCUUGUUAUCUGCUUUUCUGUCUUUCCAACUGUCCUUUUUUUGUACUUUCUUGGUGACAAGCAUUUUUUUUAUAUUUUUGUGUCUUUUUCAUU